AGCAAUUGCGUCACGAUAAGUAGGAGUGUAUAGUUUUGCCACAGCGCGAAUCACAUCGAUUACUUUGCUACAUCUAUGCCCUCAAUUUUUUGAUCCCACUGUACAUUUGACAUUAUUAGUUGUCCUGACCCUGACAGCUGCUUCCUAUGCACUUAAUCUCACUCCGUCGUCUUGCUACUGCAACACUUAGUGUUGGAACUCGACAGCCAUUGUCGCCAAAAGUUCAAAAGUCAAGUCAUAAUUUCGCAUUUAAUUCUAACAGUAGCAUUAAUGCAUCACCACGACAUAACUCUGAGAAAUUCGGUGAGUCUGCUUCUCUUCGGAUGAUACAGUAAAUGGCGGACGUUACAGGCAAGCCAAACCAAUUGAUGCAAGCAUCCGUGUGGCGCUUUGCCACAUGGCUAGGCAACGACACACUGCCUGGUGUACAGCUGUCAGCUCAACGUUUGCGCAUUCGUUAACGUGACAAAGUACCAUAUUAGCAAGCCGAGUCUCCGCCGUGUGCAUUGGCAAUAUCAAAAUAUCCCGGACUUGCCUCCAGCAAGACCAUACUACGUCAAAGUCGAUAACUCCGAGCUCAGCGGAUUGCAGCAAUAGAGGAACCAGUAAAGUCCGAUGUCGCAACCAGCGAACGGUCUUUUAUGGAAAACCGAGUCGUUUGGUGUGCAACGUGACUCAAACAAAUUUGUGACAAGAUAGGGAGGGACAUGUAUACGCAAGCAGCUUAAACCGACCAAUCGAGUGCUGCGCACUCGUACACUUUGAUAAGCGAUUCACGACCUCAAACAGCUCAUGUCAGUAUCAAAAAGAGUCAACGUUAAAAAAGCGCUGUGACAUAGUAGCACAUUGACAACACUAUCGCUUCGCGCUGCAUUAAUUUUUCGACACUACGAGAUAUAGCCAAUGUAAAAUUCAUUCAAUGGAUAUUUGACUUGAAUAAUCGUGUUAAGCGUUGCAACAUUCGCUUUUACAAAAAGUGCGCGUAGCGCUUGUACGUGAUUGUAGCGGUCAAUGCUGUGACACUACGACGGCAUUGUUGCUGACUCACAGUAAGUAAAAAGUCAUGGAUCAUAUAGUCGGCACUGAGUGCAGAUGCUCCAGAUCGAAGUAAUCACAUUCGCAAAAACAUGACAUCUCUGCUGCCAUCCACGUUUCUAAACCAAACUUGAAUGCCAUUAUCUGAAGGAACGCCAUUAAACACUCGACCGCGAUAAGAGAAGGAAGAAGUUGCCCACCAAGCAAACUAGAUCACAUUUACCGCUGCUGUAUAGUGUAGGAAGUGGCUGCAUACAUCACGAUGAGACUUUACAUGGUCUUGAUGUCACCACAAUGCCAGCAUUGAGUCAUGAGUUUUUUUUAAGAAAUUAUACCACUUUGAGCUUGGUAACUCGGCAAGAUCAAGGACGAACAAACAGAUAGAUCAUCGGCAGAAAUCCGAUUGUUAAUUUCAUACACCAACUCAAUCCAACAGGCUUGUGAGAGCAUCUUUCCAAGGGUCGAUAGGCGUUUUUAUGCCACA